CUCAUCUCCGCGCAAGAGUCAGACGAGCUCAGAGGCGCCUUUAUAUACGGGGCUAAAUUUAGGGCCGACUGCUGACUUACAUCCUGAACGGGUUUCCUCCGUUUACAAUUGGUCCAGAUUUUGAGUUGCAAUAUUUAUAAGGUGGUCCGUCCUACCAAUCGUACUGGUACAUGACUACUUACAACACUACUCCUUAAGAGAGGAGCGCUUCAGUCUCGCUUCUCCGCAGGAGUGAGGAGGACAGAGAGCACGUUUAUAUGCUAGAGCCGCAAGUUCACUGAGACAAAAAGAGAGAAGUUUUCGACCGUAGUAAAACUUUUCUUUUUGCAUCGCCAACGUGUGGAAAUGGCCUUAAGCGGGACCAUUUUACCGUCCAUUUCGACAUUUGCGAACCAAAAGGAGAGAAGUUGGGAAAACAGGUGGAAACACGACAUGGACAAGUCUGUCCACGCCAGUUGCUCCGGCAUUGCCGCCGACAUCGGACCCAGCAGCAUGGACAGCCGCUUGGGCAGAAAAGAUGACGACGAUCUGGGCGAUUACUUGGAUCUGGAGUUUAUUCUUGCUAACACGACCGGCUCCGAGAAUCUUCCAGGGAGCGGCGGGGACUACUGCAGGCUUCCAGAGGCAGGCAGCCUGUACGAGCCGACGGCGGACCCGACCGCCUACGCGCUGUCCGCGGAGAGCAGCCCGCCACCCCCGUACGGCGGCGGCGGCGGCGGCGGCGGUGGCGGGAGCCUCAUGUCGGAGCUCCUGCGAUCGGACGUGAACAGCAGCUACUGCCUGUCAAGCGUCACCGGCGGCGCCGGCGUCGGCGUCCACGGCCGGUUCCUCGUGAGCUCCACGUGUUUCCCGGCGAGCCAGGACUUUGUGGAGAACAUCAAAGCUGAGCCCUCCUUGGACAGUUACGGACCGAUCAUGGGCAUGGUGCCGCAGAGCUGCUCCAAGAUCAAGCAGGAGGGCAACGUGUCCUGCAUGAUGUCCUACGAGCAGCCCAGGCUGGCCAACUCCCCGCAGGCGGCGGGCAACAUGACGCCCCCGCUGAGCCCGGACGACCUCAUGAGCUCAGAAUCAUCAUCGUCAUCGUCGUCGUCGUCGUCGUCAUGUCAGCCUCCGAUGUGCCACCCCAUGAGCUUCCCGCAGAGCUACCACCGCGCCGUGGCGGCUUUCCCCCCACACCCGCACCCGCACCCCCACCCGCAUCCCCACCCGCACCCGCACCCCCCUCAGCCGCCUCACAUGCAGCUGCCCUACCAAAGCGCGCACCCGUUCGCCCUGUACGAGGACGGACUCGCGGCGCUGCAGCCCGCGGCACAGAGGGUCCCGCUCACCCCGCCCUCCUCCCCGCUAGAGAUGCUCGACGCCAAACCCAAGAGGGGUCGCCGCUCGUGGCCGCGCAAGCGGACGGCCACGCACACGUGCAACUUCCAGGGCUGCGGGAAGACGUACACGAAGAGCUCGCACUUGAAGGCGCACCUGCGGACGCACACAGGAGAGAAGCCGUACCACUGCAGCUGGGAGGGCUGCGGCUGGAAGUUCGCCCGCUCCGACGAGCUCACGCGUCACUUCCGCAAACACACGGGCCACCGUCCGUUCCAGUGCCACCUGUGCGAACGCGCCUUCUCGCGCUCCGACCACCUGGCGCUGCACAUGAAGCGACACAUGUGAUGCUGCGAGCGGACUCUGCGACACGCGGACGACGUGUUGCCACCUUUUAUUUAAGUUCCUUUUUUAAGACAAAAACGAGCAAGGUUCAGUUUGACUUGUACCAUUUAUACAUGAAAUUAUAUAUAUAUAUAUAAGUGAUGGCGUAGCUGGUACUACUUUGGUUUAGACACUUUUUUUGGUAAUAAAUAAUACGCUUUUGAAAAGUAUUUUGUGUGGUGUUUGUUGUGGACAAACACAUUAACUUGCCAAGCUGGCCCUAUGUUCGCCUCUGAUGCAAUUUGUCAUGUACAUUGUUUGUUUGUUUUUUUUUUUUUUUUUUUUUUUUAAAAAAAAAUCUCCUAUUUUAUUAGUCACAAUAGUGCCUUUGACACAUGUGUACCUUAUGAAUUCCAUACUGUCUGUGGGUUUAAAACCGACAAGUUUUAUAUUUGAUAAAACUGAACAGCACAUGAAAUAAGCUUAGACAAUGUUUUGUUCUUAAAACUGCCUUAUGGCCAAAGUGGGCUUGAAUGUUCAUUGUGUGAGUUAUUAUAUACAUAUAUAUAUAUAUAUAUAUAAAAUGUGGAAUCAGGGACUAAGGCUAAAAUAGGUUUUUUUUUCUGUACAAACGUCUUAAAAGGGCACACAAGUUACACUAUUGAUACAGGGCUAGAUUUCUUGUGCAUUAAAUGUUUUUUUUUUUUCUGACUGAAAUCUAUAAACUUGUAAAUAACUUGUGUAAAUAGUGUACCAUGAAUGUACAUAUUAAAAUAAAUUGACUGUAUAUUUCUGA